UCAUCUCUUCUUGGUGUGAUAUUCUAAUUAGGAAAGUAUUAAUACUUCAAUGGCAACGCUCUGUGCAUCUUUAAUCUAUAAAUUGCAAAAACUUAAUCACAAGAAGGGAGGCGCUUCUCUUAGAAGUCGAUGAACGGCCAUCUUCUACGCCUCUAUCCGCUAAUAACCCUAUAUUUGAUAACAAUUUACUCUUUAGAAGUCUAUCUUGUCGUUUUUGGUCAUUUUUCUCAUCUUAAUGGUAUAAGAGUGGGAAGAUCUCGUUCGGGAGAAUCCAACUGCUUGUGUUUGUUUAGCCUGAUUGGUUCUUAACUCUGACACUUGAAUUUUGAAAGCAAAACAAUUGAGGUACAGAAACGCCAUAAACGACAUGUCUCUUGAUAAUAGGAGCUAAAUUUACAGACUCUGAUUCUAAGCCAGUCAGAGAAUAGGAGUCUAAUAGAAGCCGCGCGAGGUGGUGAACUGAAUACUUCAAGCUUGUCUCCGUCUGUAAUCGGGUUAUUUGAACGGACAAGUUAAAAACCAUUUAUUAUUUAAAAAAUAGAACAGAGGAAACGAAACAGCAUCAAAAAGCAGGGAAUCACUUUACCAGGAAAUCGCAUGCCCAAGAGACAUAAAAGGAAGAAAUCCUGCGAAGACUUAUCACAACUUGGUAAGCGCUCUUUGUUGCUUCGCUCUUACCGAAAGAAAAGAAAACUAUGGCGACUGACGAGAGAAAUUAUACCGACCUGGGAUGUCAGAGUCAAGUGGAUUCCGAAGAAAAGGUGGCUUCGAAAAUACUUGCGUACAGCGCUGUAUUUCUUGUCGCCCUGGUCGGUAAUAUCCGAGUCAUUGCCUUAGUUCUACGGAGUCAAGGUAUGCGUCGAAGGACAAUCAAUCUUUUCGUUGUAAACAUGGCAAUCUCGGAUCUUUUGAUCUGCCUCUUUGUCAUGCCAAGAACCAUGGUGGAAAUUGCAGAUAUUCCGGUAAAAUGGCACGUCGAAGGGAUCAUUGGAAACGCACUUUGUAAACUGGUUUUCUUUAUUCAAGAUACCUCUAUUGCUGUGUCGAUCGAGAGCUUGGUCAUAAUAGCAUUUGAUCGGUAUUUUGCGCUAGCUUAUCCAACACACGCUGCACCUACUUCAAGAAGAAGGCUUCUUAUCAUCAUGAUGACGUGGAUUGUAGCAUUUUUCGUUCAUUGUCCCUACUUUUUCACCUACAAGUUGGAGUCGUUUGGAAACACGACCUUCUGCAUCGAGGUCUGGUCCCUGAAUCCUCUUGAACACGUUGAAAAGAAGAAGACAUUCUUCUACGCCACAUUCUCGUUGUUUUGUUUGGCUCCAAUGGUGCUCCUGACUGCCUUGUACUCGGGAAUUCUCUACAAGCUCAAACAACAAGGCUACCUGAUAAGAAGCGUAUCAAACGGCAGCACCAGCUCAAAGAGAAAACGAGAGUACCAUGUCCUGAAAAUGGCCAUUGCCAUAUUGAUCGGGUUUGCUGUAUGCUGGGCGCCCGUCAAUACCUUCAUUUUCAUUUUUGUUUUCAUUUGGAAGUUCGCGUUGCCAUGUAACCUCAACGACCUGGUGUUUUUUGUGUUCUUCAUGGCGUAUGCUAACAGCGCAGUGAAUCCUUGCAUUUACAUUUAUUUCAGCCGAAAUUUCCAAAAGCUUUCCAAACGACACCUCACCCAAAAACGUAUCAACUUUGAAGCGAUGCAGAAUUUUUUUCGCAUGAGGAACAUGGCAAGAGUUUAUUAGAUUGAAAAAAA